UUUUAACAUAUAUUGUCUUUCAGUUACUCUGUGAGCUAAAAAUAAAUAUGUAUAUAGAAAAUUCCUUUCAUCACAAUUAAUUCAGAAGUGAUGGUGACUACUACCUUUUCUCGUGGUCCUGGCAGUGUAGCUAACACUGAUCCUACUUUAUUUGUGGCCAUUAGAUGCUGAUUAAUUGUAGAGAACGGUACUGCCGUUGUGCAACAUGUCAUUGGUUUGUUAAUGUCUUCAUUGCUUACUCUUCCCAUCUCUACAUCAGUGGUAUAUUCCCCACUUUCUGAACCCAUCCGCAAGCUAGAUGAUUUGGGCCGGCUUUUUCUGUUGAGGUCAAUGUUCUUCCUCCAAAUCUCUUUGUGGAUUUUAUUUCUCAGGUUUCUUCUUUACUUUCUCUUUCACCCGUGUCUUUUGAUUCUCCCCAGUCCUUACUAAAUGCCUCUUGUGCUGAGGUUUAUUUGGUUUUCCUCCUUUUCCAGACAUAUGUGUUUAGGUUGACACUUUUCUGGAUCAGCUUUGUUCACACUCUCAAAAGCCUUGUUCUUCUCGAUUCUAGGAUUCCUUCACCAUGUCUUGUGGCAUUUCCCCUUUUGAAUUCUUGGAUUCCCAAUUCAGUCAGAUCUCAUUCACUCACUUAAGGGUAAUGAGCCCUGUUUACAUUAUCUAUCUCUAGUGAUAAAUUUUCACGUCUUUGUAUUUUUCCUUACCCAUCUUCUUUGUUAUCAACCCUCUCUGAAGUUCUAGACCAUGAGCCUGAUAGUUUUUUUGGAGACUUACAGUUGGUAAUUUUAGUGCCUUGACAUAGAUUUAAUUUCCUUCUUUGUCACUGCUUUCUUCAUUCCUCUGUUGCAUGGAUAUUCUGGAAUGUGAUGUUCUUCUCUCUGCUGAUGUACGUCUUCUCCGUCCGGUGAUCUCCAUAUGGCUCCUGAUCUUCACUCUGAGGUCUUUAUUGGUAUUUCUAACAGCUGGAAGCCACUGGCUAAGGCUGCCCAACACGAGUUCUUCCUUUUCUCCUCGGUUUCUCAUCUCUGCUAGCCUAAUGACUCGGUACAUGUUCCUUUACUCUGUGAACCCUCCAUCUCUCUCUCCUUUUCCUAGCUCUCAUCCCUCUUUUUCUUCUCCCUAUCUCCAAUCCCAUCAAGUUACCAUUGCACAUCUUGUCAGGGUUCUCCCUUUGUAUUCAGUCAGCUCAGGCCAUGUGGGGGCACAUCUGUUUCUCCUUGCAGGUUUCUGAACCCCAUUUGCAGCUGUCUCGGAAGCCUUUCCAGCUUUUACACAAAACGUUUCUCAUCCCUUCUGACCCUUUUUCCUGUUCUUGUCCUCAUCCUUUCAGUCCUCAGCAUCUUCUGCAUCUCAAGGCUGUUGUAUCAGAUCUUUUGGAUGAGAGAUCUUUUGAGAGGGUCCUUUGCCCCUCUACGUGGUUUUUCUCUUAUCUUUUUUUGUUGUCUGCUGAAAGAGUCUGGAUUGGCAUCCUGUCAUUGACCUUUCUUUUGUCAACCACUUUCUAGUGGUUCCUCAGUUCAAGGUGGAGGGUUUCUUCUUCUCCAUUGGAUCCUUUUCCCCCAGACUAUGGAUGAUCAAGAGUUACAUUUUAGUAGAUUUUCUACAUAUUUUGAUUAUUUAUUUUCCUAAUUAAUAUUUCCAUCCAAGUGAAGAGUAUACCUUGCAUGAGAUGGAUGCAAUCUCCUUUGAGUGAUGCCCUUCUAGUAAACCCCCACUAUAGGGUGUUGCACUCCAUGGGCUUUCCUCUUUGGUUACCUUCUCUGAAUUUACAAUUCCACUGGCCACUCUAUCAUAUCAGUGUGGGAUUCUAGCUAUUGUGUUAAGAUAUGUAAGGCUAUCAUUUCAGAAGUUGACAUUUUCCUUAUUUAAAAAUGUAUUUCCCAAAAAUAAUUACCCCUAUGCACACCUUCCCACCCUUUAUUUUCACUAUCGGUGUGCAUUAUUCUGGCCUUGUCUAAGAAUUAAGUUGAUUUUGAAUGCAAGUGCUUAUGCACACCUUCCCACCCUUUCUUUUCACUAUCGGUGUGCAUUAUUCUGGCCUUGUCUAAGAAUUAAGUUGAUUUUGAGUGCAAGUGCUUAUUGGCAUCUACUGAUCAUAGAGGAUAUGUUGCCCUUCAUGGAGGAUAAUGUUGCCCUCAUACUGGUGGAAGACUACUGUUGCACGUUGAUUACAUUCAGUUCGUGUUAAAACAUUAGUCUUAAGUCAGAGAGAUAGCUCAAGACUAGUAGUGUGUACAUAAUUUCAAAAGUAGAUUCAGGAGGUGUGUUUACGAAUUAUAUUUUCAGGUAAGGAAAAUGUUAACUUUCUGUGAAUGAAAACUAGUUGUGAAAUGAAAAUUUGGGACAAUAUAUUAACAAUCACGUACACUAUUCUUUAACGAUAUACGAAAAAUGUGAAUGUUUUAAUUUGUGCAUAGUAUUUUACAGACCAGGGAUAUCAGUAAAAUGCAUACCGUGUGUGUUUUGAUUACCUAUAGAUAUUUGUUUUUUUACAAUAAAAAAAGCUUUUUUUAUCAAAAAUUUCAACUUGAUAAUUUACUUGCAUAAAAUAAAGCUGGAACAUAGAAUUGAUAAUAAAACAAAAUUGAAAACAAUGUAGAUUCUUAAAUAAAACAUAGAAUUGCUUUAGAUCUAGGUAUAAGCAAUUGAUCAAUUUGUAUGCUAACUGCCUUCAAUUACAGAGACUUAGAACUUUUAAGCCCGAUACCUCGCUCUCAAAACGUGUUUCCAAGAUAUCCUGAGUUUGUUACAACAAAGGUUGUACUACAUCUGAUUGUUAACUUGAAAAUGACAUGCACAGUUGUUUUUAAGGAACAGGUUGGAAGAUGGGAUUUAGAAGUCUAUCAGGUGUUAACGUUUUUGAGCAUUCUUUCGUUAUGUCUAGUAAUGUUGUCUAACUUGGCAAUAGUUCUUGGCUGUAAAACUAAUUUGGACGAGUUUGUGGUCCUACCUAGAAAGAAGGGAGUGGAAAUUUGGUAUCCUUUAGUACCAAUUUUGACUUUGACACUACUUGCAGUAAAGGGUUUCUUAGCAGGUCUGUUUGAAGCAGGAUCCAGUAUCUUCAUCCUUUCAUUUGGUUUCGCUUUUUCUAAGCUCACAAUAAAACUUGUGAUUGUCAAUGUUUCCAAGAGUGACAUGGACUUCUGGGAUUCCAGUUUAGUAGGACCGAUACUUCUUUGUCUAAAUAUCUUUCUACGUUUCGUUGAACCGCAUACAGCUUUACUCUGUGCUCUGGUUUACAAUGCAAUAGAUUUUGUCAGAUACUUUACGUAUGCAAGUUGGGAUCUGAGGGAUGCUCUUGACGUGUGGAUCUUUAAUCUUAAGUACCCACCUGGCCAUCCUCUCUGCCGUAACGGUAAUUUAGGAUUCUACGUUAAUGGCCUUAACAAUGAAGAGUUAAAAGAAAAAUGUAAGAUGGAGGAAUUCCUAAAAGCUCUUUCUGGUGAAGUUUCUCAUAAAACAAGUUUUAAUUUAAAAAAUGGAUGUACGCACAAAAGGCAGGAGGCUCAUGAGAAAUUUUAUUAAAGAAAUGAUGAAAACAUGUUCAUUAUCACUUUUUUAUGUUGUGUAUUUCACAAUUACUAAUGAAAUAAAGUCGUGGAAAUCAUUACAAUACACAGUUUUCAACCAAACAUACUUUACAUAAAAUCUUGCAGAAUGUUUUCUUCUAUGUGAACUGUGUUAAGUUAAUGGUUCAUUGUUUUGAGCUUUCUCAGGCAUAUGUUGAUAAAGAUACGUACAUCGGUGAAUAUUUAACAGUUGGUCACUCAUUACUCAUUUUAGAAGUAAUAAGUACUUGUUAUUCUUAUAAGUAGUGUUUUAUAACAGUUUCUCUUGGUAGUUGUAGUAGAGAAGAUAUUUUUAUAUAUAAAUCUUGAUUGGCAUUUUUAAUACUUGUCUAAGAUAGAUAACGGAAGCAAAGUUGCUUGUACCAAAAGAAACUAGCGUUUUUGCUUCUUUAUUAUGUAAUAUUGCGUAGAUAAGUUCAUUGAUAUAUAUAUAUGUAUGUGUGUGUGUUUGUGUGUGUGUGUGUCUGUGUAUUUAUUCUAUAAAAUAUGAAGAUCAGGCCUAAGGAAGUGCAACAAAAAACAACAACACACAAUAAUACCAAGCUACAAAUUAUAGUUUGUGAAAUUAUAAGAUGCUACAGUAGGACUUGUUUCAAUUGCUUUCCCGUUAAUCAACGUGUUUGAAUUUACAGACAAAGAAUUAAAAAAAUGCACAGCAUGUAUAAUAAAGCAACAAAUCAAAUAUAGACAGCCUAGGUUGUUAUUGUAUCGGUUAAGAGAAAAGCUUUGAUACUUUUAUCUUAGUGUUUUUUGUCACACCAUAUUUAGGCUAGGCCAUUUGUUUACAAAAUGGACAGAAUGUGUGUGAGUAACGGGUUUUUAUGUACACGUUUUGAGCUUUUCUUUUAAACCAAGUAUUUUGUUGUGGGCCAAAAACUUUAUGGAAUACGUGUAAGAGAGUGUAAGAAUGCAUUGUACUGUAAAUCUAAACUAAGUCGGAAAUUGUUACUUCACAGUGUGUUAGAUCAUUAAAAAUAUGUAUGUAAACAUGUCUUAGUUUUGAAAUAAAGUAUUUCAAUUCAUGUA